CAAAGAGUUUAUGCUUUUGGUUUGGAGUUGUAUAUUCACUUUCGAUUUCGGUGGUUUUUGAUUCUAAUAUAUAAAUUCGAUCAGAGAGUGUGAGUGAGAGUAUUCUUUAGAGCUCUGAAAAGAGGACUUCUUAAGAGAAUUUUCCUGCAUUAUGUUGGUCUUUAUUAGUUACUACAUCAUCAAUUACAGCGGGCUCAAAAUGAAUGUGUGUUCGUGUCUCACCAGUGAAUCCCUUGCUCUUCAUAGCCGCCAUUUCCAGGAAUUCGCGCUCGAUGAUUGGACCUUCCAAGACCGCUUUGCGGAGAUCUUGAGGCGUUAUCAAUCGCUGUGGCACGACGGAAAGACAGUGUUUCAUGGGGCUGAUGCAGAGUGGGCUCUAGCCGAAGAACCACCAUCCACCGCAUCACUAGUCGCUUCUAUCCGUUCAGUAAAUUUGA